AGGAACGACAGAGGACAAGCCGACACUGCAGUCAGUGCAUUUCUGGAGGGGGGCCGUGUUCUUUAUUGGAUCUACCAAAUAGCCUACCACUGGACUGACAAGAACAAGUUAUUUCCACGGUGCAUCUUUUUACCUUUCAGUGAACUCUAUCCAGUAAGGUCUGGUGCAUUUCUGUAUUAACCUGGCUGAUGUCCUGUUUCCAUGCCAACUGGAGCCUCAGGUAAAGGCACACCUGAACCCUGCUGUCAGAAGGUGAACUCUCCAAACCAAGCCACACUCUACAGGAAUAUGCCCGGACUGCAUGAUGGACACCAACAUCACAGAGUUGGGCCUAUUGCCAACCUAUGCCCUGGAAGAGGGAAUCUACCCAGAGUCCACUCCAUGGCCACUACUCCAGAAUACAAGUUUCAUCAACUUCAGUUCUGUUUUUAAGCUCAAUGGGAGUAAUGUUGGAGCCGAAGGUCAAUCUUAUGAUCCUCUGGGUGGUCACUCACUCUGGCAGGUCAUCCUCAUCAGCCUGUUUACAGGUCUCCUCUCUCUUAUUACUAUUAUUGGAAACAUCUUGGUUAUGGUAUCAUUUAAAGUCAACCGCCAGCUCAAAACUGUCAACAAUUACUUUCUUCUGAGUUUGGCUGUUGCGGAUCUCAUAAUUGGCGUGAUCUCAAUGAACCUGUACACCACCUACAUCAUCAUGGGCCAAUGGGCAAUGGGAAACGGGGCGUGCGAUCUAUGGCUAACUGUAGACUAUGUAGCCAGCAAUGCAUCUGUUAUGAAUCUCCUAGUUAUAAGCUUUGACCGAUAUUUCUCCAUUACAAGACCUCUGACGUACCGCGCUAAACGUACCACACGGCGGGCAGGGGUGAUGAUCGGCCUAGCCUGGUUUGUGUCGCUUAUGCUUUGGGCACCCGCCAUUUUAUUUUGGCAAUACUUUGUUGGGGAAAGGACAGUGCCACCAGAUAAAUGCUAUAUUCAAUUUCUCUCUGAACCUAUUAUUACGUUUUGCACUGCUAUGGCAGCGUUCUACCUGCCCGUUACAAUAAUGAGCGUUCUUUACUGGCGUAUAUACAAAGAGACAGAGAAUCGCUCUCGGGAACUUGCAGGAUUACAAGGCAUGGGUGGACGAUUUGGAGGAGCAGAGCGACCGCAUUUCCACCUCCACACCACUGGGGGGAGCUCUAGAAGUUGCAGCAGCUUUGAACUGGGACAAACUGCCCACAGGCAAAGUUCCAUUCAUUGGCUGAGGGGCCGAUUCCACUGCUGGGGGUGGAAGUUGGGUGACGGAGUCAAAGGUGGGCCUCACCGGGAGGUGGAUCAGAGCAGCAGUGACAGCUGGAAUAACAACGAAGCUAGACUUUCGGCUGAUCACUCUGGCUCAUCUGAUGAUGACGAUAGCGCACCAUCCACCACACGGGCGAUCUUCUCCAUCGUCCUUAACCUGCCUGGCAUGAGGGCAGCUGUGAAUUCCCAGGUCACUUCCUGUGAUGAUUUGGAUGUGGCCUCGGAGGAAGUUCCAUUACGCUCCCCGAACGAGAAUGACGGAAGGGAUGGCAGCAUCUCACUUUCAGUCACAAACGGCAACAAGCCCUUUGUUGGAGGCAUAGGCAAAAUUCAGUCUAUGUCUGCCAUACAGCCAUCAACAACUGCUAGUAGCAUGGAUCCAAAUGCAGACAAUGCCAACACCACAAACAAAUCUCCAUCAGCGCCUAUAUCUUUCAAAGAAGCAGCACUAGCGAAGCGCUUCGCAGCUUGCGCAAGGACUCAAAUUACCAAACGGAAGCGCAUGUCGCUAAUUAAAGAAAAGAAAGCAGCACAAACUCUAAGUGCCAUACUUUUCGCCUUCAUUAUAACAUGGACACCGUAUAACAUCAUGGUGCUAGUAAACACUUUCUGCAAUGGCUGCAUACCUGAGAACCUUUGGGCGCUAGGCUACUGGCUAUGCUAUGUUAACAGCACAGUAAAUCCUAUGUGCUAUGCCCUUUGCAACAAGACUUUUCGUAGCACUUUUAAGAUGAUCUUGCUGUGUCGCUGGGACCAGAAAAAAAGCAAGCCAAGCUUUCAGCAAAGACAUGCUGUGAGGUUUCACAGGAGCAUACCAAGAGAUUAA